UCAUCCAUGUCAAGAUUAGAGAAUUGGUGGAAAUUUUUUUCUCCUUAUUGGCUAGGGUUUUGGAUUCUAACAGUUUUGAAAGAUUAUAUGCCCUUUUUGAUGAUCAAAACAACCUCUAAACAUAUACGUUGUCCUUUUGUGAACACUCAAUGAACAAGUAUGAGUCUUUGUUAGAUUCUCGUAUGCGAGCCAUUGUUUAUUGAUGAUUAAUUCUUAUUGGCCCUUCAAUAUUUGUAUAUGUAUACGGACUCAGUCCACUUAAACCGUGUUAUGCAUAGUCCUCGAUCUGGUAAUAUUAUUGUAGCAAUACGACCAGUAUAUAUAUGUGACAGAUUCAUGCUGCAAAGUUACAAUUAAGUCUAAGAAUCAAUCGAGAAAGAUGACUAAGGUUCGAAGCAUUACUUAUACGUUCUUCCUAAUUUGUUCAAUAACACUUAAUGUCUUAAUGAUCAAUUUGUAUUUUGGUGGUGGAUGGGAGCAAAGAUGGACAAAGUUGGCGGCAGAAGAAGCCGAAAAUGUUGCAUCUAUUUCUUGCUCAGGCCACGGAAGGGCAUUCUUAGAUAGUUUAGGUGCUGGUAUUGGCAAGCCCAUUUGUGAAUGUAAUGCUUGCUUUAAAGGCCCUGAUUGCGCAGAGUUUGUUCCUGAUUGUGUGGUGGAUGCAGACAGUGGAGAUCCCAUGUUCUUGGAGCCCUUCUGGCUGAAGCAUGCAGCUAGCAGUGCUGUUGUGGUUCCAGGAUGGCAUCGUAUGAGCUACGAAUUCAGUGAUUGUUCUCUCAUCUCAAAAGAACUCAAGAUGCACAUCCGAAAACUUCAUGCUACUGUAGGAAAUGCUAACACAGAUGGAAGAUACAUUAUUUUUGGUGCUGGGGCUACCCAACUUCUUAAUGCAGCUGUGCAUUCUCUUUCCUCUCAUGAUGAUCCAUCUUCCCCUUCAAGGAUUGUAGCUUCAGUCCCGUACUACCCGGUUUAUAGAGAGCAAACACAGUUCUUCGAAUCUAAUAAUUACAAGUUUAGUGGAGAAACUUCAAAGUGGAAAGACAAUAUGGAUUCCUUGAGCAAUUAUAUUGAGUUUGUGACUUCACCAAACAAUCCUGAUGGUCAAUUAAAGAAAGCAGUUCUUCAAGGACCAUCAGUAAAGACAAUUCAUGAUCUUGCCUACUUUUGGCCUCAUUUUACACCAAUCCCAGCUCCAGCUGAUGAAGACCUCAUGGUAUUUACAAUCUCUAAGCUCACCGGCCAUGCUGGCAGUAGAUUCGGGUGGGCACUGAUAAAGAAUGAGGCCGUGUACCAAAGAAUGCUAGCAUAUAUGAGUCUAAGUACACAUGGGGUCCCUCGAGAAACUCAAUUACGAGUUUUGAAGCUUCUAAAAGUAGUCCUUGAAGAAAAAGGAAGGGAAAUGUUCGAGUUCGGAUAUGAAGCAAUGAGGAAUCGGUGGAAAAAACUGAGCAAAAUCUUAUCGAUUUCAAAACGAUUUUCUCUCCAAGAUCUUGAGCAUCAAAAUUGUUCCUUUUCCAAAAUAUUCCGGGCGCCUUCUCCAGCAUUUGCAUGGCUGAAGUGCGAAAAGGAAGAAGAUAAAAACUGUUUUGAAGUCCUCAAAACAUCAAAUAUCAUUGGCCGCGAAGGUAGCUUGUUUGGCGCGGAAAGCCGUUUCGUGCGUCUAAGCCUUGUCCAGAGCCAAGAUGAUUUCGAUUUAUUACUUCAACGAAUGGAAACUUUAGUAGUGUUGAAGAAAAAUAAGAACCGACGUUUUGAAGAAAAUGAAAGCAAAAUCAAUAUAUCAAUGGCAUUUGAUGUUGGACGCCGUUUGGAUCCUGGUCAAUUAAUGGAUCAUGCAGUUACACGUACAUUUCGUAGGAACAAAAAGCUCUCCCUUUAACCUUGGUGUCAAUAAAAUUGUCCACCUCCACUGUAAAAAGAAAAAAAAAAUCUAAUUAAUACAUGAAUAAAUAUAUAUUUUUAUUUUUAUCGUUAAAUAUAAUUAUGAUUUAUAAUU